GAGCGUCGGAGAUUCUUUACAUCUGCUCCUGCAAGGAUCUGGAGAUACGACACCGAACAACAUCACUGACGAGUGGAUACUUACCAACAACACCACUGAGAUGAGAAAUGGAUUACUGAUACACUAAACGCACAGGGAUCAGGUGGCAGAAAUGCGUGAAAAUCCACAGGUGAAAAAAUGAUUUGCUGAUUUGAUUCGUUCCAGCUGUGAUUUCUCGCAUCAGAUUCGGUGAACAGAAACUGGCAAGGUAACAGAAAGGGAUUGAAGGAUAUGGCCAUAAUCUGGAUAUCGUUACUCUUGCAAGUAGGAUUUGUUAUUGGAUCGAAUUAUAGAUAUGUGGAACACGAUCGGGACCUAAAGGCGAAGCUGCCCAUUUAUAAUACGCAGAAUAACAAGCAAGCGCAUCUCCGGAAGCCCCAUUCGGGUUUAGCGCAGAAGAUCGAGGAGCAGGUACCCCGAGUGGUGACUGCGUUUCUGCACACGGGAGAUUCCUCCACCUUAAAACACGCUAAUUGCUCCAGGAGAUAUGAGCUGGCGUUGUUGCGGGGAAGGACACACGGAGACGCGCAUCACUCCAUGCGCGGCGUGCUGGACACGGUCCUUCAUGCCACGAACUUCUUAAACAUGAUCCUACAAGCCAACAGGUCCACGGAUCAGAGCCCCAGACGUGACAUGGAGUGGUACCAUGCUCUGGUCAGGAGUAUACUGGAGGGAGACCUCAAGAUCUAUCGAGCGGUGGUCACCUUGGGCUCAGAGUCCGUACCUAAAGGGCCACCUGUUUACCUCCAGGCCACACGGGCAGGUGGAGAGAUUAUUCUCCAGGAUUUAUCCAGCAAUGCCCACCGUAUGUUAAAAAACAGAACUGCAGAUUCCGUGUGGUUCCAUGAGCAUAAAAAUAAAAAGAAGACCCAUCUCCAAAAGCUUGUGCUGAGUCAAGAUUUUGCCUUUUAUGACGCGUCUGUGCGCAGUGGAGAAAGUUAUAUUAUAGACAAAGCUCAGAUUCAUUGGUCAGCUCCGUAUUUGGAAUGUGAAAAUGGAAAUUUCAUUCCCAGAUGGCUCUUGACAUUGUCUGCUGGCUUCUAUGGCCUAAAACCCAACCGGAGUCCUGACUUCAGGGGUGUUGUUCGUGCAGAUGUCAGUCUGCAAGAUGUGGAUAUUGAUCAGUGCUCUGCAGAUGGCUGGUUUGCAGGAACACACAGGUGCAACCUCACUACUAUGGAGUGUUUGCCAAUCCCUGGUUAUGGAUUUGUGCUGGACAAGUACAGAUGCCACUGCAAAAGUGGCUUUUACCAUCCGAGCAGAGUUGCAGUCAAUGGCUUUAAAAGGAAAGCAGGUGGGAAAGGUAUCGAAGGGUUGCCAUACCACAGGGAUAUUCCAGAAAGUUCUGGCCAGUGUCUUCCCUGCCAGGAGGGUUGCACUUUCUGCAAGGACGACACGCCCUGUGUGGCCCGGGGCGACAGCACCCUGCGUGUAGCUGUGCUCUCGUUCCAGGGCUUGUGCAUGCUGGUGGACUUCAUCAGUAUGGUGCUUCUGUAUCACUUCCGCAGGAACAAGAGUAUCAGAGCAUCAGGACUCAUUCUGUUGGAGGCGAUAAUGUUUGGAGCUCUGCUACUUUACUUUCCGGUGGUGAUUUUGUACUUCCAACCGAGUGUGUUCCGCUGUAUUCUGCUACGGUGGGUUCGUCUGCUUGGGUUUGCCACCGUCUAUGGAACGAUCAUCCUCAAACUCUACAGGGUUCUGAAGGUGUUCCUGUCACGCACAGCUCAACGGAUCCCUUACAUGACGAGCUGGAGAGUUCUGCGUCUGCUGUGUGUCAUUUUGCUCAUUGUGUUGUGGUUCGCAGUCGCCUGGACCUCCGCUGUUUGUCAGAACCCAAACAGACAUGUUGCUCUCAUCAGUGUGGGCUUCACCGCAGAUGGCCUGCAGUUCAGCAUGUGUCUGCUGGACCACUGGGAUUACAUGAUAGCUGUGGCUGAAUUCCUCUUCCUGCUGUGGGGGGUGUAUCUGUGUUAUGCGGUGAGGACCGUACCCUCGGCCUUCCAUGAGCCGCGCUACAUGGCCAUUGCAGUGCACAAUGAACUAAUCCUAUCUGGAAUAUUCCACAUUAUAAGGUUCACUCUUGGAUCCGAACUGCACCCGGACUGGAUGUUGAUGCUAUUCUUUGCUCAUACCCACCUUACAGUCACUAUCACUUUGGGGUUACUGCUUGUGCCAAAGUUCUUGUUUGCGGGGACACAUGUAAGGGAUGACAUUGCUACAGAGGCCUAUGAAGAUGAAUUGGACAUGGGAAGGUCUGGGUCAAACCUGAAUAGCAGCAUCACGUCUGCCUGGAGUGAGCACAGUCUGGAUCCAGAGGACAUCCGGACACCAGAGGAAAUGGGCCAGCUAAAUUCUAUUAAUGGCUGUGGCGUAAGGUCUUGGGACAGUCUUUGGGAAAAACGUACCAACGAAGAGCUGAAGAAACUCUAUUCCCAGUUGGAGAUCUAUAAAAGAAAAAAGAUGCUGGCCAACAAUCCUCACCUGCAGAAGAAGCGCAGCUCCAAGAAGGGUCUAGGCCGCUCCCUCAUGAGGCGCAUCACUGAGAUCCCCGAAACGAUGGGGCGCCAGUACAGCCGUGAAGACAAGGACAUGGGUGACCAUGGGAGUAACCGCAACAGCAUCUGUGUCCUGAGAAAGAACCCUUUUGACCCCUCGCACUCUGUAAAGCCUGCCAAGGACGAGUCCUUGAAGAGCAAAGUUUUUUCGCUUAAAAAAUCCCACAGCAGUUAUGAUCAUGUCCGUGAACAUAGUGAAGAUUCUAGCAGCUCAGUAACUGACAAGAUGGAAGUGGCACCAACAGAAGGCUCUCUCCUUGAAACCCUGAUGGGCAAGAAGCUGGUCAAGAAGUCCUCGGAGAAGAACAAUGCAGCUAGUGAGUCAACAGAAUCAGUUCCCUUGGUGUGUAAGUCAGCCAGUGCUCAUAACCUGACUGCUGAUAAGAAACCAAUUCAUCCAAGAACAUCCAUGCUGCAGAAAUCUCUAAGCGUUAUUGCCAGUGCCAAAGAGAAGACACUUGGUCUAACAGGAAAAGCCCAAGCAGCAGAGGAUCCAACCAAGAAAGCUAAUCAAAAGAACAAGGAUACCAAGACUUCAGUUGAAGCUGAAGAAAAGGAGGGUUAUCCAAAGAUGAUUGUCAGUCAGUCAGUAGAGUACAAGCAGACAGCUGCAAAAACCGGGAUAAUGAAGCAACAGAUGAGCGGAAGCCAGCCCUCCAUUUGCUCAGAACAAGCAAAGGGGAAAGACCUUUAUGACCUUUCCGAAGUGUGCCCUUGGGAAGUAGAGGACUUGCCAACCCCCUCUGAAAACAAGGUUCAGAAACAUGUGUCCAUUGCCCCCGAGCAGACCACUACAGUCCAUGGAGGCAGCAACAAGGUGACAAAGCAACAACAGCAAAAACAGAAAGGGACAGAGCAGUCACCCUCUGUGGCCAGGCAUCCAAAUCAGAAAGUUGUAGACAGAAUGGACAUCUGUCCGUGGGAAGAGGGCAAUGAUGAUGGUCAGGUAACAGAGCCAAAACCUCCCUCCAAUAGUAAGCCUGCCAUGUCCCAACCCCAGGCAUCUGGAGAGGUUACAAAGGCUACAAGUGCUGAGGUCUGUCCGUGGGACUUUGAGGAAGUGCAGAGCAACCCAAAGGACUCCGCUUACUCCCCUGAUCAAAGCAGACCUAAAAAGGGCACCACACCAACUGAGAUCAAAGGCAAAAUAAGCUCCUCACCUACUGAUGUCAAGGGCAAGGGUACUAUCCCUACAGAGGGCAGAGCAAAGGCUCUGUCAGAGUCCACAAAAUUAACAGGCAGCUCACUGCAGCCACCCUCUAAAGAAGACGUUUGUCCAUGGGACUUCGAAACUGUCUCAAGUCCCGUAUCUGACAAGACCCCUUGUUCUUCUCAGGUUCCUAAAACAAAGGAGACCCAUGCUAUGAAGAAGGCGACUUCCCCUGUCAGACUAUUAGAGAAAGAAAAAGAAAAGGCAAGUGGUGCAGAUGAUGAAAAAGUGAAAUCAAAAGCAAAAGACAAGGUCACCUCUAGCAAGACAGAAGAAAGACCUGUCAGCCAGUCUAAGUUAGCUGAGGUUUGCCCGUGGGAUGUUGAUAGUAGUCAGGAAAUUGUUUCAGUGGAUAAACAAAAGAGCCCAAAUGUUGCAAUAGCAAAAAGCAAGCAAGCAGAUGUAUGCCCUUGGGAUUUUGAAGAUGCAGCAACUAGUAAAGAAGCAAAUACCAGCACCAGUUCAUCUGCUGGCAAACAGAAAAGUCCUAAUUCCAAAGGCAGAGUUACUAGUGGUGUCAAAAUGUCAGAUGUCUGCCCUUGGGACUUUGAUGACCAAACAUCAACAAAAAAGGCAUGACACUUUAUCUAAGUGAACCAUUAGUUAGUCUUCAUUAUAUGUGCUUUUUCUUUCAUAAAUACACCAUGGAAUUAAAACUUUAAUAGAAUUUAUGGUGAUUUGGAGAAAAAAAAAUCAAGUCGCACAAGCUGCCUUUCUCUUCAACAUUUUGUUUUCCUCCUGUUUUUUGGAAUAAAAAAUAAAAUAAAAUAAAAACAACAAAAAACAACUCACCAGGCAUUCCAGAUUCUUAAGUAUUUAUCAAACCUUUAAAUAGAAACGGUAGUUUACAAUUAUGCAACUCUCUAUGUGCAAUGUAAAAAAAGAUGCCUAUACUCAUCACAUGUAUCCUCAUUAACAUUUAAACUCUCUAAAUAGCUGCAUCUGUGGCCUCUCCUUGACACUGGCUUCCUCAAAAGAUUGUACAAGUUCCUGCUACAUAGGAGGAUCUUUGUGUGGACCAUGCAUGAAGUGUCAUGGAGUAAGCCUUAUCCAUUUCCAUUUGUAUUUUGGUUUCAUACAUUGUGGUUUGGUUUGAGUAAAAAUUAAUACUUGCCAAAGAUAAAGGUAACACCCAAUAAAUCUAAGAACUCAAACCUCAACAGCAUAAGACAUUUGUACAGUGAGCUGAAUUUAUGUGGCUGCUUGUUGGGAAAUUAGCAUGUAGCACUUUAGUAAGAGUAUACUUAGAAAGACAUAAACAGUACUUAACUACAUUCGUAUUUGCCCUUUGGCAAAUAUUUGUGUCUUUUGGCCUUGCUGUUUUUUGUUGUUCAGUGAGAUCAUAUGUGCACAUCUGCCACACACUUUUAGUUUUCCUAACCAGAAAGAACAAGUAAAAAAAAAAAAAAAAAAAAAAAAAAACAUUUCCAAUGCUUCCAAAUUUGCUUAUAUAUUAUCCUGAACGUGCCUAUGUAAAUAGUCCUGUACCAGUCUUACUUGUAAUGGGAAAUGGGAAAUUUUCCAUGUUACACAUACCCAAUUAAAUACUUAAUGAGAAUCAGCAUCUUAUUUUUGAACAAGAAAUUAGAUUUAGUUUAUAUUAUAGCAAUGUUGUAAACUUGUAAAUGCUUUUUGAAUGGGGUAUGCUAGGAAAAAAACAUCCACUGUUCAGUUCACAGAAUCAUAGACUAUAGUUUCUUUUGGCGUAGAGCACAAUCAUAAGCAAGACUCAUUUUACCUCUAAUGUCUUUAAUUUUCUCUUUUAAGAUUUGACCACUUAUUACAAAAUAUAACAUUAUACCAUAUCAAAUCUUAUCUAUUUCAUAUACAAUUCUAACACAAGCCUCAAAGUUUUCUUUUUAAUACGUACAUGGUAUCCUUUAGCAAUCUGUGAUAAUUAGGGGAGAUAGGGAGUGUUGUAACACAUUUUGUUCCAACUUCUGAUACUCUGUUUUAUGCAGUGUCUAAAACUUUGGUAAAAUAUUCUCAAUUAAUCUUAUACAAAUUAAAGUAUUUUGUAAAUCGACAAAUAAUCCCAAAACUUGAUUUAAAGGAAUAUUUGGGUUCAAUACAAGUUAAGCACAAUCGAAAGCAUUUGUGGCAUAAUAUUGAUUACCACAAAAAUAGUUUGGUCUUGCCCCUCCUUUCCUUUCAAAAAAGCAAAAGUCUAUGUUCCAGUGAGGCACUUACAAUGGAAGUGAAUAGGGCCAAUCCGUAAACAUUAAAAUACUCACUUUCAAAAGUAUAGACACAAGACAUAAACAAUAUGCAUGUUUACAUGAUUUUAGUGUGACAAAGUCACUAACAAACCUUUUUUGUGUAAAGUUAUUUCCAAUUUUACAACUUCAUUCCCAUGACGAUGUAAUGUCAACAAACCCUACAAUGACUGUAAAAAUAACUAUUUAAACAACUUUACAGCUCAAAUAAUACAUGAGUUUUAACAAAAGAAUUAAUGUAAGUGCUUUUAUCAAAUUAUAAGCUUCACAUUUCUGCCUUUAAACCCUCCAAAGAUUGUCCACAUUCACUUCCAUUGUCAGUGCCUCACUGUAACACAGAUUUUAUUUUGAUCAACUUUUUUUAUUUAUUUAGUUUUUUUUUUUCAUCAGUUUUUGUUUUGAAUUUUGUGUGGGGGAAAAAAAAAAUCCCUGUAAAUAUUAAGAUUAUAAAAUUACAGGAUAACAUUUUCAUAAUUCAUAAAUUCAGAACUCCAAAUACAAGUCAAUCAAAGCUGGGUCAUUUACUUGCACCACCCAGUGGUUAGCCUAACCCUAACCCGUGGUGCCGACCAAGCAGACCUGUGCGUCACGAGCCAAAUUUACAUUGAAGUAAAAGCAAUUUUUCCAUUACUGCAUUCAAAUAUUGCAGCUGCAUGGAAGCUAAAGUGUUUACCAGUGCUGAUCAGAGUGUUUUAAGUCAUUCAGUUCCCUUCUUUUAUUAUGUUUCUUUUUACUUAUUUUCAUUGCAGAAUUCAUAUUGCCAGAAUAUGUGGUAACCCUUUACAUUAAGUUUUAAAUAAGUUUCCAUUAGUUAACACAGUAGUUAACAUGAACUACAAUGGACACAACUUUUACAGCAUUUAUUAAUCUUGUCCAAUGUUAAUUUCUUAAUAAAUGUACGUUGACCACUGGAUGUAAAUAACCCAGCUUUGCUUGACCUUUGGCCUAGUUUGUUUACAAUCAGAAUUUCUGAGAUGUGAAUGUGUCAGAUGUGUAUUUGGAGUUCUGAAUUUCUUCCUGAUCUGAAAAUUUGAACCUGUAAAUUCUGUCAUUUGAAUUUUUACAGCUAAUUCCACCUCUAAAUAAUAAUAAUAAUAAUAAUAAUAAUAAUCUGCUGUUUUAAAAUAAAAAUGUAUAAAAUAAGACACUAAAAAAAAUUAAAACAAAAUCUAUUUUAAGACAAAUCCGGAUAAAUUUGAAAACGGCAUUUUCAUUUUCGGAUGGGGGUUGGUAACCUCACCAAUAAUCAAAACAAGCAAGUACAACCCACCCCCAUUAUUUAUAGCAUGAUCAAUGAAAACAUGCUAUGUUUGUGUAGAUCAACGCAAGCCAAAUCUACACCCUUGCUCUGCAUCCACACUGCCUUUUCAAACGUUUUCCAAAAGUUCCUCGUCCACAAUGAAAAAUCUGAAAACGCUUAAAUCCCUUUAAUAUGCAUGUGAAAAAAGUACAAAGGAUAGCCCUGCGUCAUUUCCAAGUACGGUAUGAAAUACAAUUUUCCUCGUGUUCAGCCGCCGGACAGCAAUUCCGAGUAAACUUCCUGUCACCUUUGAAGGAAUGCAAUCUGAAGAUUGUACAAAGUAACAUUUAUCUUUAACAACACUAUCAAAAUGGAUAUCAGGCACAACAACACCACUACAACAUGGGCCGCCAUCUUAAUUGUUUUGGGUUGAAUGGAUCACAUGACAACAAAUACGUCAUCGUUUACGAAUAUCUCAGUUCUUCCCUUUCCACACUACAAUGUGAAUACAGCAUUUUCAAAAUUAUCCAAUUAGAGUGUUUUCGAAAAGCUCUAUUCUCGCUGGACAAAAUGCUUAAUGAAAACUUAAUGAAAUUAAUGUGUUUUUAAAGUGUCACAUGUCUCAAAUUCAAAUGAACAAAAUUCCGUUUCAAAUACUUUAGACAGGUUUCUAGAUCCAUAAUUAUCCUACUUAUGUUACCAUAGACAUUUUAAAUUUUGUGCAUGAAUUUAUUGUGGUAAUCAAAUUUACUUGUGUGGAUGUUAUACUGAAUAUCAAGUUAAACAAGACAACAUUCAUUAUGCAUGAUUGUAAAUCAAAUUAGGCCUAUGAACCAAACAUGAAAUUAUACUUUCUUCCCUCAAUUUUUUCAAAAAUCUUUAAUAUUUGUAUACAGACACAACUUGUACUGUCACCUUGAGAGCGUUGGUCAUGUAAGAUAGUGAUUUCAAUCCUUUAACUCAUUUGUAAGUGGUUAAAAUGAUGUUGCAUCUCACACUGUUACAACACCUCCCGGUCUCCUCUACAUCAAUUCAUUUAUUAAUAGGUGUUUUUGGACAAUUAAUACAUUUCUUCAAAAAAAAAAAAAAAAAAAAAAAAAAAAAAAAAAAAACCCAUCCUGAAACAUGCCCAGUGACCACUGAAUUCUAAAAUGUAACUGUUGGAAUGUCUUGUAUGCCUUCUCAGCACAUGGUCAUUGGUAAUUUGUAAUGAUGUCAAGGUAAUAUAAUGGUGUUUCAUAAGGCAUGAACUGUUGUACAGUAUGAUGCCUAGUAAUAACGACAUGUGAAAUGUUUGUUUAAAUGUUGCAUUGACGUAUUCCGAUUGCAAAUUCUUUCCACCCAAUUCUACUAAAUGGUUUUUAAAUGUAAUGAAAGAUGUUAUUGUGUCCUGUAAUGCAGUGUGCACACAAAAUGAAUUAGUAAGAAUACAGAAGAAACAGUUAUAUAUUGUAUAUACGUUACAUGUACCAAAGAGGUAAAAAUGUACCUAAAUAUGUCAUUCUUGACACUAAAAUGAUGUCACGCUUCAAUCUCUCCAGAAGUGGGGUUAAUCUACUAGUUUAAAUUCAGUGUCUGCCCAUGCUAGUACUUAUGCUGCCUUCAAGCACUCCUGAAAAGUUUGUACUUAUGAGUUUGGAAGUUGUAAUUAUGAUGAGCAUUCAAGUAAUUGUGGUCAGGAAAAAAAAAAAUGGAUGUGUUGGGCAUAUCAUAUUUCUUUCUCUCUUUUUCUCUUACUGAAAAAGCUAUUCUUCAUCACCACACAAUGUGUAUAUAAACUAAAAUGUACAGUUAACAUUUCCAAUUCAAAUGUAAUUAUAUAAUAAUUUGCUUAUAUAAUGAUUCUUUAAUUGCCAUGUCUCCAGCUUAGAAAGAAAAUCCAGUGUUUCCAAUGUACUAUGACAUUGUGGUGGAAUCCAUGUGUUUAAGUGUAAUGUUUUACUGUACUUUUUGACUAAAAGUAAUUAGAUUACAGUAACUUAAUCAGAUUACACCCAACACUGAUGCUCAGCUCAUAAAUAUGAUCAUUGCAUGGCUUGAAGGGAGCAUUACACUAUUAGUACUGUAUUGACUACAAUGCAUUAGUCAAGAAAGAAUCAUUUAUUUAUUUUUUUAACCCAGAAUAGAACCCUGUUAUUCUCAUCUGGAGAUGUGCUCAUGGAUUUAUACUGUAGGCUUUCUAGUUCUACUGCCCCUUAACUAUCAAGUCACCCCUUGAACAGAGCCUGUUCUUAAUCUAUGAUUAGAUGGAUGUGUAAAAUUAACCAACUUUGUUACAUAGAGAAUGUUUCUGGGAAUGAUUGUUGUAUUGUAGUGCAUCCCUCUAAUUUACAAGUUUUACCCAUCUGCAACUACUCGGUUGAUCUCUAUGUACACCCGACUCAUGAUCUGUUAAAGUUGAAUGGUAACCUUGCCUAUUACAUUGUCUUGGUGCACUGUUUAGUUCAGUUUUUGGAGUUUACCGAAGUGGUUCUUUAUCAAUUUCGAAAUUGGUUAUUUAGCUUGUUUACUUGGGCCCCCCACGUGUCUCACCAUCAUCACGUUUCGGGGGACACUCCUACUUAACGCGGUAUUGUCUUAGCUCUUACUCUCGUUGCUUCUGCAUGAUAAUGAGAAAUUAGUAAGACUGAUGUUUCACUGCCCUUGAUAGAACUUAAAAAAAAAACAAAAAAAAAAAAAAACUUUGAUCUUUAUUGGACUGUUACAAGUUGUAUAGUUAGUGAAACAGUACCCUACCCACUGUAUUAUGUGCUUGUUAUAUUACAUGCUCUAUGACAAGCUUAUAGCAUACACAUAUGGAAAUAUUUGGUAGAUUUAUAGUGUGUAACAUUGUGAUAGCAUGUACAUAAAAAUACCUUCUCUGCAAUAAAUAUUUCUAUAAAAAGCA